UAUAGGUUCUGGGUUCGCAGGUCUCCACACAACACGUGACCCCGUGUGUUCAUCGGAUCAGGAAGUUCGGAUUACACGAUACCGCUCGCAGGCUGGAGUGAAGUGGUUCAAGCUGAAACAAGAACACAUCGCAGCGCAGAGGUCUGUUGAAGUUUCAUUGAAGAACGGGAGGAUGCAGAUGAAACUGAAGUUUAUCUGCUUCCUGGGAUUGGCGACCAUCGUCUUGAUCAGUAUGAACUUAAGAAAGACUCCAACAAUAACACCAUCAUCAACACCAUCACCAUCAUCAACACCGUCAGGAGAACCACGAUGGGAGGAGCCUGGGCCGUAUCACGUGGCCUAUCCACAAAACUACAAAUUUGUCAUGGACGACACGCCGACGUGUAGGACCAGGUCUCCUUUCCUGGUCAUGAUGGUCCCAGUCGCUCCCAGUGAUGUGGCGGCUCGGGAUGCCAUCCGAAACACAUGGGGAAGUGAGACGGUGGUUCAGGGUGAGGUGGUGGAGGCGCUCUUCUUAGUGGGCCGGCCUGGAGGAGCUGAUGCUGGGCUGCAGCAAGAGAAACUCAUUCAGGAGAAUGAUCGGCACCACGACCUGAUCCAGAGCGACUUCCAGGACAGCUACCGCAAUCUGACCAUCAAGACCAUGGUCAUGCUGGAGUGGCUGGCGGCUCACUGCACCAACGCCGCUUACGUCCUGAAGAUUGACUCGGACAUGUUGGUCCACGUCCCCAACUUGGUCAAACUGUUGCUGGAUCCCGGCACGGCCAGACAAAACUACAUGACAGGUUUGGUGUGGUGGCACAGCCCGGUUUUGAGAGACCCAUUAAAUAAGUUCUACCUCCCAACAGACAUUAUCGCUGAGCCGGAGUACCCCCCCUAUCCUCUGGGCAUGGGCUACGUCAUGUCCCUGGACCUUCCCGGCAAGAUUCUGCAAGUCUCCACUCAGAUUAAACCGAUCUUCAUUGAAGACGCCUACCUGGGGAUGUGUCUGAAGCUCCUGGGCAUUUCCCCCACCGACCCCCCGGAAAGCACCAUGUUCAUCGUGGACCCCGUGCAUCCUCUGAGCACCUGCAGCCUCUCAAAGGUCAUCGCCGUGACCACGACAAGCAUCCCACAGAUGAAAGGUUACUGGGAGACGAGCAGAGGACCAGACGCUAAAUGCUGAACUUCAGAUCUUAUUUUUUUGAACUGAAAGUUGUUUCUUGUGGGCGGUGGUGGGGCGACUUCAUCCCAUAUUGAGUCUGGGGCGGGGUGGGGACAAGAGUGGAGGAUUUAUUCAGAUUUUGUAUGCAAGAAAAAUAAAUGUAAGGCUUUGAAACCACAAUAUUUGUGUAAUCUAAUGUUUUUCUCAAACAGCUGAAUGUUCUAAGCUGAACUACUUCAUAUCAUGAUCCUGAACCGAGUGUCUGUCUGAAACAUGAUUUUAUCCACAUGAAAUUAGUUGUUUGCUUAUAGACAUCUCCUGACUUUCUCUAGAGGGGGUGUAACUGGAGACUUCACAGAGCAUGAGUGGAGACCUCCGGGUAACAUGGUGGGAGAGCUGAGGUGGUUUAGAUUUAAAGCAGUGCACAAACCUGAACUUCCAGUUUUUGGUGUCCAUGUGAGAUUCCAGGUCAGCACUGGAAACCCUCGCCUACCUGUUUCUACAGUCAGAGGUUGCAGAUGUUUAUGUGACACACUUCCCCCCCGCCCCCAUCUCUGCUUCCAGCCCUCUCUCAUCAACAUGUUUCUUUUUGGGAAGAGAGACAGACUGGCUGCUUUAAGAGAUUUGAUUUUUGAAACCUUUAUUUUCUAAAUUUAUACAAAACUACUGUCAAUGUUUCCAUGGAUAUGUGCAGUUCAUUUCAGAACAAUACUAAAACCUACCUAGAAAGUAAUAAUAAACAUCCUCAACCACAGAACCUACUACAUAAUUAAAACAGCACUGUUUGAUGAAGCCAUCCAUGUUCUUAAUU